AUGUGUGAUCCAGCGAAACACAUGAGGCUCGUCAUCGUCACUGUCAUUCAUCUUCUACAAACACAGGAGGCUCGUCAGAGAAGGAUAAGCGACGACAGACGUGGCUCUGGUGGUUUCUUACGUUUGAGGUGGAAUGUGGCGGUGGCGACGAAGUUUAAGGCUUUCAAAUCCAGCUACGUUGCAGAGUCGGCUGGACGGAGCAUACUGCCCUACCCCGUCUUCUAUGAUGUCGAACCAACGGAAGUCCGCAAACAAAGCGGGGCAGUUGGAGAAGCCUUCUCUAAACAUACUAACCACGAGAAGGCGGACAAAUGGAGAGAGGCUUUGCAAGAAGCAGCGGAUCUAGCUGGAUGGGAGUUGAAAAACACUACUGAUGGGCAUGAAGCCAAAUUCAUCCAAAAAAUCGUUGAAGAAAUUUCACUAGAUUUACAUUCGAUCAGUUUCGGUUUUGAUGAAAAGUUAGUAGGCAUGGAGACCCGUGUAAAGGAUGCUGUGUCAUUUUUAGAAAUGGGUAGUGAUGAUGUUCGCAUGAUCGGGAUCAAGGGGAUGGGAGGUGGUGGGAAGACAACUUUGGCGAGAGCUGUUUUCGAUCAAAUAUCCUUUCGGUUUGAAGGUAAAUGCUUCGUUGAGAAUGUCAGGGAAGUUUCAAAUGCCUCUUUGUUUGGUUUGAAGUCGUUGCAAAACCAACUUCUUUCGGAUGUUUUAAAUGAUAAAGGCAUUAGUGUAAGUGGUGUGUAUGAGGGGAAAAGCAUGAUAAAGAAGAUGAUGCGUGGUAGAAAGGUUCUUCUUGUUCUAGAUGAUGUGGAUCAUACAGACCAGCUUGAGGCCUUAGCUGGUGAGCCUAAUUGGUUUAAGGCGGGAAGUAGAAUCAUCAUUACAACAAGAGAUGAGCAAAUGCUUGUAGCACACCGAGUGAAGCGGAUUCUUGUUGUUAAUCUGUUAUCAUUUGAGGAAGCAGUUUGCCUCUUUAGUAGAUAUGCAUUUGGGAAAGAGAUGCCAAUUCGAGGGUACGAAGAGAAAUCAGUACAAGUUAUAAGUUAUGCUGCUGGUCUUCCCUUAACAAUCAAAGUUUUGGGAUCCUUUCUUUGUGGUAAAAGUGAGCUUGAAUGGAUAGAUGCCAUAGACAGACUAAAAACAAUUCCAUUAAUGGAAACUCUGAAAAAACUGGAACUAAGCUAUAUCGGUUUAGAGGAGGAUUACAAAGAAAUAUUCCUGGAUGUUGCAUGCAUAUUGAAAGGUGAGCGUAAACAGUUUGUAAUCGAAGCACUUGAAAGUUGUGGAUUUCAUGCUAGAAAUGGUUUAAGAGUACUUGAGCAAAAAUUUCUCAUAACUAUUCAUCAUAAUUCUAGUUACAACUACAAGUAUGUGUUCAUGCAUGACCAUCUUGUAGAAAUGGGCAGGAAUAUUGUCCGUCGUUUGCAUCCGUAUAAGCCUAAUGAACAUAGCAGAUUGUGGAUUGACAUGGAAAUUGAAGAUAUAUUGGCUAAUGACUUGGGUACCGAAGCAACAAGAUAUAUACAAUUCAGCACACGGGAACUCAAUCCGGAAGGUGGAGAAAAAAAGGUUCUUAACAAGCUCAGAUUCCUUGAUCUCAGUUAUUCAAAGCUAAGGACCCUUGACCUUGGAAUUGCUCCAAAUCUUGAGAUCUUGUCUCUUUCAGGAUGUGUUGAUUUGGUAGAAUUUCAUAUUCCCAACGGUUGUUUGAAACUCAGAUCGCUCGACCUUUCUAAUGUAAAGUUAAGGAUCCUUAACCUUCAGUCAGCUCCGAAUCUCGAGCUUUUAAAUCUUAGGAACUGUUUGGAUCUGGUAGAACUUCACAUGCCAGCUAGAUGUGUAAAGAUUACAUCAAUCGACAUCACCAACUCAAAGUUGAGGACCCUUGACAUUGGGUUGACUCCAAAUCUCAAGAAUUUAGAUCUUAGUGAAUACAGUGGUCUACCCUCAAGGAACACAAAUAUUGAGAAACUUAUUUCUGAAGGUCUAUGUGCUUGCACAAGCCUUGAGACGUUUUCAGAAAGCAUUUGUGAGUUAUGGAGAUUAAGAAAGCUUAAACUCAAAGGCUAUCCGGAGGUGCCCAAGGACCUUGACCAGUUAGAAUAUCUAGAGGAUCUUGGCCAGUUAGAAUAUUUAAAGAAGCUCACUUUGUCAUCCACAAUGAUUAAACGUCUUCCUCAUAGCAUUUGUAUGUUAAAACAUCUGCAAUCUCUCCAACUUAUAUCUUGUUGGCUGCUUGAGAAUUUACCCGAGGAUAUUGGCCGAUUAGAAUGCUUGGAGAAUCUAACUUUGUCAUCUGCAAAGAUUAAACAUCUUCCGGAUAGCAUUUGUAUGUUGAAACGUCUAAAAUCUCUCCAACUUAAAUUCUGUUGGCUUCUUGAGAAGUUACCCGAAGAUAUUGGCCGAUUAGAAUCAUUAGAGAAGCUAACUCUGUCAUGUACAAAGAUUAAAGAUCUUCCGGAUAGCAUUUCUAUGAUAAAACAUCUGGAAUGUCUCCAACUUAAUCAUUGA